GUCCUCCUGGGGCAUCUGUAACUUCGUGCACACCCCUACCUAAUAAGGACUACAAUUUCUUUUUUUCUAUAGUAAACUCUGAUCUAGUCUCGGUGCAACUGUAGUUCAGAUUCUCCAUCUGCUAUUUGAUCUAAGAGAGAGAAGGAUGGAGUUCAUCCAAGUUUUCAUCCUCAUCGCCAUUGCCAUCGGGACUCUGUUGUACAUGUGCUGCAGAUCAUUAACAUUCUCUUCUUCGUCUUCUUCUUCUUCAUCUACUGCGGCUGAUUCUACUGCUGUUGCUGAUGAUGAUGAUGCUGAUAGCCCCCCACGUCGAGAAAAGUAUGAUGUGUUUAUCAGCUUCAGAGGUCAGGACACCCGCAAUACAUUUACCAGCCAUCUUCAUGCUGCCUUACUUCAGAAGAACAUUGAAACCUACAUAGAUAACAGACUUCAGAGAGGAGAAGAAAUUAUACCUGCUGUUCUAGAGGCAAUCGAGAAAUCAACGGUUUGGGUGAUCAUUUUCUCACAAAACUAUGCUUCUUCCACAUGGUGUUUGGAUGAAAUUGUGCAUAUACUGAAAUGUUACGGAAGAGGAGGCGGCUAUGUGAUACCCAUUUUUUACCACACCAAUCCGUCAGAUGUACGAAAACAAGGCGGGAGUUAUGCGGUUGCAUUUGCCCAACACCAAAAACGUUUCAAGGACAGUAUCGACAAGGUGCACGAGUGGAGGAAGGCUUUGUGGAAUGCAACCAAUUUCUCUGGGUUUGAUUGCUAUUAUGGACGUACAGAGGCAGAUCUAAUUGAGGCAGUUGUCAAUCAUAUUUGUACCAGAUUGAGUUUUGAAUCAUCAUGUGUUUUACAGGGCUUGGUUGGAAUUGAAAGCCGCAUCGAACAAAUUGAAGAGCUAUUGGACAUUCAUUCACCGGACGCUUGCAUCACUACUGUAGGUAUUUGGGGCAUGGGUGGUGUUGGCAAGACCACCCUUGCUGAAACUGUAUUUCACAAACUCUCUUCUAAAUUCGAAGCGAGCUGUUUUCUUAGAAAUGUCAGGGAGUACUCAGAACAAGGACAUGGACUAUAUCACUUGGAAGAAACACUUCUUAAGGAGAUGUUUAAGGAAGAAGUUCUGCCAUCAACUUUUAUUCGAAAAAGGCUCAGCCGCACAAAGGUCCUUAUUGUUCUUGAUGAUGUGAGUAGUUCAAUGCAAGUGGAACAAUUAGUUGGCGAUCGUUUUAAUUAUGGCAGUGGAAGUAGAAUCAUUAUCACAAGUAGAGAUAGGGGCGCACUUAGGAAUACUGUUGAAGAUGAUAAGAUCUACAAGGUUGAAGGAUUAAAACCGGAUGAUGCUCUUCAGCUCUUCUGUUCGCGUGCUUUCAAGAAUACUCGUAUACAUCUGGGGUUGGCAGAAAAGGCAAUGCAUUAUGCAGGAGGCAUUCCUUUAGCUCUUAUACAUCUGGGGUCCUCAUUCCUAAGUUGCAAGAGCAAAGAAGACAUGGAAGAUGAAUUGGACAAAUUGAAACAAUUUCCCAAUGAAAAUAUCCAGAGAGUGUUGAGACUAAGUUAUGAUAGAUUGGAUAGCAAUGAGAAGGGGAUAUUUUUGGAUAUAGCAUGUUUUCAUAUAGGGGAGAAUGUGAAGAAGGUAGAACAAUUGUUAGAUAUUCGUAGAUUCUAUACGGUGGUCGGAAUUAGCAUUCUCAUUGAUAUGUCUCUCAUAUCAAUCGGUUCAAAAUGGGGACGGGAAACCAUCGAGAUGCAUAAUCUGUUUGAAGAAAUGGGAAGGACAAUUGUUCAGGAACAAAGUAUUGGAAAUCCCAGCAAUUGGAGUAGGUUGUUCAACGAUAAGGAUGUUUAUCAUGUAUUGAAAAGUAACACGGAAACUCCAAAGGUUGAAGCCAUACGGGUUAAUUGGUCUAAGAUUGAAGAGCGACCAUUGAAAUGUGCAGACUUCAAAAAGAUGUCUAACUUGACAAUGCUAAUUGUGGACGCUGGCUACAAAUUCAACGCUUCUCUAGACCUUCCCGAUUCUCUUCUUUAUCUUUACUGGGAAGGAUAUCCACUGGAAUCUUUGCCAUCAAAUUUUUGUCCAGAAGAUCUAGUUGAGCUUCAUAUGCCAUAUAGCAAAGUUAAGAAGCUUUGGAAAGAAGAGCAGAGACUUGUGAACUUACAAGUGAUCGAUCUGCAUGACUCAACAAAUCUAACUGAAGUUCCAAAUCUCUAUGCGAGUCUAAAAAUUGUGAACAUAAAUCUCUCUGGCUGUGAAAGUUUGGUUGAAAUCCCUGAAGGUCUCGUUUGCUCAACCUCAUUGGAAUUUUUGGAUCUGUCUGGAACCAAGAUUAGGAGCAUACCUGCAAGCAUCAAACAAGCUUCUCGGUUGUCUAAACUCAACAUAGUCAACUGCAAGUGGCUUCAAUCUUUGCCAGAACUCCCACUGCAAUGUAAUGUCGAAGCUGAAGGCUGCACGGCGCUGAAGGCUGCACGGCGCUGAAGAGAGUGGCAAGUUCAAGAAAUAAGACUGACAAACAGGCAAGGCUCUUAUUAUUUUAGUAUUGUUUAUACAUUAUAAAGCGCAAUGUUAUAGACAAGUGUGUUUAAUAUCAUGUUUGUUAUCUUUUAUCAAGUCCAGCGGCAUCUUGCAAUU